CUACGAUUUGAGAUAAUGUGCCUGCUUAAUGGAAUUAUGCAGAACAAUAUAAUUAAAUAAAUAUAUAAAAAUAAUAACAAAGUCAGGUAAAUGGCAGAGGAAAAGAAGGUAAACCUGCUAUGGAGCUGCGCCCAUGCGCUUAGCACGGAAACACAUGCAGAGCGUCUGCUUAAAUCAUAUUAUAUUAAUACCUGUCGCAAGUUGGCCAAGCAUAAUGUUGUAAUGCCAGAAGACAGCGUGGGCCCGGGGCGCAUGUGUCGCCGCUGCGGCAAUGAGUGGAGCGAUGGCCAUUAUCAGCUUAACAUAAAGCCCCAGCGUCUAGCCCAGAAUGCCAAGCGCCGUAGGCUGAUAGCUCAGCUGGAGGCAGCUAAGACAAAUCAACAGAAGGGCACUGGCAAGCUCAGCACGGUGGCAAGGAAACGUGCCAAGUGGCUGAAGAAGCGCAUGGGCAGUUAUAUGGCUGUAAACUGUGCGAUUUGUGGACACAAAACAAUGCUGCCGCUGGAAAAACCAAAGAAGCGCAAGCAGCAACCAUCAGAAACAAUAAAAACAGCGACAGUGGCAGCGCCAGCAGGACCCAAGAAGAAAAAGAAACACAAAAACAAAGAUAUCAAAGCAACAGCACAAACACAACAAAGGGCUGCCCCAACAAGUACAACAACAACAGCAACAAUGAAGAAGCCGCCGAUCGCCGCUGCCGGCCAAAGCAACAAACAAAAGAAGCAGAAGAAGAAAAAGACAGCGCAGUCGACAACACCCACCGGCAGCAGCAGUAGCAGAGCCAGCGGAGCGCCCAAAGUACAAUCCAAAACACAAAAGCACAACGCGCUGCUGCAGCUGGCAGCGCAGCUGCAAAAGCAAGUGGCUCAAAGCGCUAGCAAAACGCCACAAAGUCGCCUGCAAGCGUUGCUCAAGUGAAAAAAUGGCCUUAAGUACAAAAGAUUGUUAUUUAAACUGAAUGAAAAGACUUGUUAUUGCACAUAAUUAAGCGUUAGUAUAGUUAAAAGCGUUCACCAAUGUUAGUGCGGCAUGAAUCAGCAGCAGCAGCAGCACUGUGGCAACCUGACUGAUAAACCUGUUGGCCAACUUGAAACAAACACGCAAUGUGUCCAAGCAUCUCUCUCUUUCUCUGGAGUUAUCAGCCUCAGCUCAAGGUUAGCUGGGAUUUUUUAAUUUAUAACCAUUUAAUUAAAAUUGAGUUGUCCUUCAGGGUCCAAAAAGGCAACUGCUUUCGGCUUAUCUGCCGCCCCAAACAGAAAUAAAGCAAACAGCUCGGAUUUCUUGCUCACAGCCAGCAGCAACAGCUGUCGGCGUCGUUGUCUGUCUGUCUGUCUUUUCGCUGUUUUCUGUUGACUGCGCAGAUUAGAAGAUUUCUGGUUUUCUGCGAGCCUGUUUUUCAUUUUUGGUCAAAACAAAAUAAACACAGACAAUUUCACAUUUACCUGUUGCUGUUCUUGCUGCUUGCCGAAAAAAAAGAUGAAUAGAGUUAACGUGCGCCUACGAAGAAAGUCAGCAACAGCAACUGCAAUCCCAACACACCACACACGAAUACCCUAUGUUGUCCAAAUGCAAGAGUUGUUGCAACCCAUAACAAUAUUUUUUCAUGUAUGUACUUUGUUUUAAGUUGUAGCAACUAUAAAUA